AUGUCAUUUUCCUUUCAGGGUUUUUUGUCCUCUGGACCUGUGGAAGGUUUCAUAAUCCAUCCGAAUGUAAGUCAGUUCACAUUGGAUCACAUUGAAAUUAAAGUGGCUCUUCUUAAUAAACAGAGUGACGCAACUCAGACUAACUGUGGUGCAAUUUUUUGGGGGGGCCACAGGAACAGAUCAGAAGCAAAGAAUCUCAUCGAGCGCUACUUUCGCCAGCUAACCGACGGCUGCGGUCAUGACGACUGCGACAACGAAUUGUGCGCCUCUUGUAGCCGUUUCCGACCGCUGGAUAAAAACGCGGCGGCGGUCCGAGCGUUGGAACUGUGCAAGAUCAACGCCAGGCUGUGCCAUCUCAGAACUUCACUGACAGAAUCUGAACUACAGGCUCUGGAUCUCACGGAAGACUUCUCAGAUGUCCAUUACCUCACAGAGAACACAAUUUGUAUGAUUAUAAGCGUGUGCGAAGAGGAGGACGACUACUCCGCCCUCAUCCGCGUCGUUGGCCGGGUCUUUUCCAAUGCCAACGCCCUGACGCAAAGUUUCCGUAAGAAUGAAGCCGAGCGUUCCGAGCCGAUUGGCGGGGCUUCCAGUCGGCCCGGUGCCGCCCUUGAGGUCACCGUGGACAUCGACUCGGUGCGACGCGUCUACGAGCGACUUUGGGCUAUCGACCAGGCCGAGUCGGCUCUGCUCAAUGCGCUAGUCUCCCUCGCUCCCAACAUGGAGCUGGACCUGGAGUACCUGGACGUGUACGAGACCAAUCCGGACUACCUGAACAUCUUUGUCAUCCUGAUGGAGAACGACAACUUGCACAGUCCCGAGUACCUGGACAUGGCGCUGCCGCAGUUGUGCAAAGCCAUGAGCAAGCUGCCGCUAGCCGCCCUGAUCCGGCUUUGCAAGCUGUGGUCCGGCUAUGAGGUUCAGCACAUCCGCCGGAUUAUGGAGACCUUCCAGCAGCUCAUCACCUACACCGUGGUGAGCCGAGAGUACGACGGCGAGCACCUGGUCAACGAAGACGAGACGGUGGUCGCCGCCUGCAAGUGUCUGAAGGUCGUCUUCUACGCCAGCAUGGCGGGCGGCGACGUGGACACGGAACACAACGACGAUGACGACGGCGACGCGGCCGAUUCGGACGAGCUCACCCUGCACGAGCUUCUGGGCGAGGAGCGGCUCUACAAGAAGGCUCCUCCGGUGGAUUUACUGGAGAAAGAACUCGGGGUCCGUCCGAUCGACUGCAGGAAGCCCCUCAUCCCUUCCGAGGACUUUGUCAACGAGUCUCUGAACGACGUGGUGGAGAUGGACAAGGACUUCACCUUCUUCAAAGUGGACGCGGAAACCAAGUUCUCCUUCCAGACCUGCCCCUUCGUUCUCAGCGUCUUCACCAAGAACCAGGGGCUGUACUACGACAACCGGAUCAGGAUGUACAGCGAGCGGCGCCUCACCGCCCUCUACGGCGCCGCCCAGGGACAGCAGCCCAGCCCUUACCUCAAGCUCAAAGUGCGGCGAGAUCACAUCAUCGACGACGCGCUCGUCAGGCUGGAGAUGAUCUCCAUGGAGAACCCGUCUGACCUGAAGAAGCAACUCUUUGUGGAGUUCGAGGGCGAGCAAGGCGUGGAUGAGGGCGGCGUCUCCAAGGAGUUCUUCCAGUUGGUCCUGGAGGAAAUCUUCAAUCCCGACAUCGGAAUGUUCACCUAUGACAAGGACACCGGGCUCUUCUGGUUCAACUCGUCCUCCCUGGAGAACGAAGCCCAGUACACACUGGUGGGCAUCGUGCUCGGCCUCGCCAUCUACAACAACUGCAUCCUGGACGUGCACUUUCCCAUGGUGGUCUACAGGAAGCUCAUGGGCAAGAAGGGCACCUUUCGCGACCUCCCUGACUCGCAUCCGGUUCUUUACCAGAGUCUGAAGGAGCUGCUGGACUACAGCGGCGACGUAGAGGCGGAUAUGGCGCUCACCUUCCAGAUCUCCCACGCGGAUCUUUUCGGAAGUCCCGUGACGCACGACUUGAAGGAGGACGCGCAAGACAUCCCUGUUUCCAAAGAGAACAGACAGGAGUUUGUGGACCUGUAUGCAGACUACAUCCUGAACACGAGCGUGGAGACGCAGUUCCAGGCGUUCAAGAAAGGUUUCCUCAUGGUCACCAGCGAGUCCCCGAUGAAAUACUUGUUCAGGCCCGAGGAAGUGGAGUUGCUUAUCUGUGGAAGCAGGAAACUUGACUUUGAGGCGCUGGAGAAGACUGUCGAAUACGACGGAGGUUAUAGCAAAGACACGCAAAUUGUCAAGGAUUUUUGGGAAACUCUGCACUCCUUCGGAGAGGAGCAGAAGAGGCUGUUCCUUCAAUUCACCACCGGCACGGACAGAGCCCCUGUCGGCGGGCUCGGCAAGCUCAAAAUGAUUAUCGCCAAAAACGGCUCGGAUUCCGACAGGUUGCCGACGUCGCACACCUGUUUCAACGCUCUGCUCCUUCCGGAAUAUUCCUCCAAGGAGAAACUGCGGGAGAGACUCCUCAAGGCCAUCACUUAUGCCAAAGGCUUCGGAAUGCUGUGAUUUUGUUUUGGGGGUAGCAACCAAGAAAGAAAAAGAGAUGUUUGUUUGUAAUGAAAUGUUAAGGGAAGUACAUAUGCAAAAAGUCCAAGUGAGCAAAAAAUAAAUAAAUAAUUAAAUAAAUAA